CCCGAGGCAGGGGAGCGUGGGAACGCGCGCGGCGGACGCGGAGCGCGGGCGGCAGGAUUUGUUUUCUUCCUUCCAAGGAUGUGCGACCGGAAUGGUGGACGGCGGCUUCGACAGUGGCUGAUUGAGCAAAUUGACAGCAGCAUGUAUCCAGGGCUGAUUUGGGAAAAUGAUGAGAAGAGCAUGUUCCGGAUCCCCUGGAAGCACGCGGGCAAACAGGAUUAUAACCAGGAGAUAGACGCCUCCAUUUUCAAGGCCUGGGCAGUCUUUAAAGGGAAGUUUAAAGAAGGGGACAAAGCCGAACCGGCCACUUGGAAGACGAGGUUACGCUGUGCUUUGAACAAGAGCCCAGAUUUUGAGGAAGUGACUGACCGAUCCCAGCUGGACAUUUCUGAGCCGUAUAAAGUUUACCGAAUUGUCCCCGAGGAAGAGCAGAAAUGCAAACUAGGUAUGGCACCUCCCGGCUGUGUGAGCGAAGUCACAGAGAUGGAGUGCGGCCGCUCCGACAUCGAGGAGCUGAUUAAGGAGCCUCCUGUGGACGAGUACAUGGGGAUGAUCAAGAGGAGCCCCUCUCCUCCUGAGGCCUGCAGGAGCCAGUUCCCCCCAGAAUGGUGGGUGCAGCAGCCUGGCACAGGCCUGUCGCUGGUGACUGGAUACCCCGCCUAUGACACCCACCAUUCAGCCUUCUCCCAGAUGGUGAUCAGCUUCUAUUAUGGGGGCAAGCUGGUGGGCCAGACCACCACCACCUGCCCUGAGGGCUGCCGCCUGUCCCCGAGCCAGCCAGGGCUGCCCAAGCUGUACGGGCCCGAGGGCCUGGAGCUGGUGCGCUUCCCUCUGGCGGACACCAUCGCCAGCGAGAGGCAGAGGCAGGUGACACGGAAGCUGUUUGGGCACCUGGAGCGCGGCGUGCUGCUACACAGCAGCCGGCAGGGCGUGUACGUCAAGCGACUGUGCCAAGGUCGCGUGUUCUGCAGCGGCAACGCUGUGGUGUGCAAAAGCCGACCUAACAAGCUGGAGCGUGAUGAGGUGGUACAGGUCUUCGAUACCAGCCAGUUCUUCCGAGAACUGCAGCAGUUCUACGCCAGCCCAAGCCGCCUGCCAGACAGCAGGGUGGUGCUGUGCUUCGGGGAGGAGUUUCCCGACAUGGCUCCCCUGCGCUCCAAACUCAUCCUCGUGCAGGUUGAGCAGCUGUACGUCCAGCAGCUGGUGGAGGAGGCAGGGAAGAGCUGUGGUGCAGGCUCCACCAUGCAGGUUCCCGAGGAGCCCCAGCCUGACCAGGCCUUCCGGAUGUUUCCAGACAUCUGUGCCUCACAUCAGAGACCCUUUUUCAGAGAAAACCAACAGAUCACCGUGUAAGCAUCUCUCCUGGGCACCCAGUCACCUGCAGCUCCAGUUUCACCUGGACAAUGACUGUUGUAAUCAUGGAAAGGUGUGGACCCCUCUGACGGGGGUGGGACCCCUUAUUUGCUCCUAAUUUAGUAAGGACAUCCUCUGAGAGCCCACAAUGAGUCCAGAGUUGGGCCAGAGUUCUGCUGUUUAGUGCAAACAUUGGAAACUUACACAAGCGGUCUUGUAGGCUGUAACCUUCACUUGGGAUUAAAUUUUUUAUUUUCUUUAUCACCAGCUGCUAUGUUUCUUUCUGCAUUUUGUGCUCACUGGCAUUUUGAAAGACUUGCCUGUCAUUCCCUGUGACUGGCCGACAGCUGCUUUGAGCAAAAGCCUCUGGAGUUCAAAAUCAGCUUGUUGAGAAUAAGCCUGUUUUUCUGGACUUUAUAGAUUUAUGAUUUCAUAUUGAUUCUCUGUGAAGCAUCUUUUUUUACUCUUAAGAGUUUUAAUAAGAUUGCAAAAUAUUUAGAUGAAGCCCCUCUUUCAGAAGAGGAAGCCAAGCUGUGGCUGUAAGGAGAAUGCAUGUUUUUCCUGGGAUUUGGUGCCAGGAAAACAUAUCCAAGUUAGGUGCACAGGGUCGGGUGGGGUGGUUAUUU